AAUGAGAUUUUAAAACCCUGAUUUUAUAAUCAGCCAUCAAAUAUUUAUAUUCCUUCUCAAAGUUAUUCUCCUCAUGUCUCUAAUAUAAGCUUGAACGUUGCUAUAUAUAAAUGUAAAGGCGAACGCAUAAGAAAAGAAAAAUGGAGAAUGAAGCUUUUGUAGAUGGUGAAUUGGAGUCUCUUUUGGGGAUGUUCAACUUUGAUCAAUGUUCAUCUAACGAAUCGAGCUUUUGCAAUGCUCCAAAUGAGACUGAUGUUUUCUCUUCUGAUGAUUUCUUCCCAUUUGGUACAAUUCUGCAAAGUAACUAUGCGGCCGUUCUUGAUGGUUCCAACCACCAAACGAACCGAAAUGUCGACUCAAGACAAGAUCUGUUGAAACCAAGGAAGAAGCAAAAGUUAAGCUCGGAAAGCAAUUUGGUUACCGAGCCUAAGACUGCUUGGAGAGAUGGUCAAAGCCUAAGCAGUUAUAAUAGUUCAGAUGAUGAAAAGGCUUUAGGUUUAGUGUCUAAUACAUCAAAAAGCCUAAAACGCAAAGCGAAAGCCAACAGAGGGAUAGCUUCCGAUCCUCAGAGCCUAUACGCUAGGAAACGAAGAGAAAGGAUAAACGAUAGGCUAAAGACAUUGCAGAGCCUAGUUCCUAAUGGGACAAAGGUCGAUAUAAGCACAAUGCUGGAAGAUGCUGUCCAUUACGUGAAGUUCCUGCAGCUUCAAAUCAAGCUCUUGAGUUCAGAAGAUCUAUGGAUGUAUGCACCUCUUGCUCACAAUGGUCUGAAUAUGGGACUACAUCACAAUCUUUUGUCUCGGCUUAUUUAA